AUCCUCAAUUGGGAAGAAGAGUGGGACGAGGAGGCAGAGAGACCCGGACUGGGGGAUUAGUGAGGCUGAACCCGCCCGGAUCUGGAUCCUGGUCCUCACACCUGAUGCUGCUGGGAUUUCGAUCAGUUAAUCGAUGAGCGCGUGAGGUGAUUGGCUGCGGCGCGAGGAGCUGAUGAGGAUUUUCCUGGCAGAAAACUGAAGAUGAUCGCGGGUCGGAGGAGCUGAGGAGCGGAGAUGUACGAGGAGAGCCGAAGAAGUAGCGCUCAUAACGGCUACACCAAAUCAGUGGAUGGGGAACGUGAAGGAGGAGAGGGGGAAGAGAAAGAGGGGGGAGGAGAGGCGGAUGGAGGAGGAGAGGGAGGAGAAGGGGAGGAAAAAGAUCCGGAAUGGGAUGAGGAGCUGGAUGGGGAGAAUGGUGGCGGGGUGAAGAUGACGAGAACCAACACUCUUCACUCCACCACCAGUUCCACUGGAACACAGAGGAGAAGAGGACAACACGCAAAGAAACAGGUGCAGGGCACUAAUCAGGUCCAGCGAGCCCCACGUGCUCUGUUCUGUCUGAAGCUCAACAACCCGAUCCGCCAAGCCGCGCUCCACAUCGUGGAGUGGAAACCCUUUGACAUCUUCAUCCUGUUAGCAAUCUUUGCUAACUGCGUCGCUCUGGGAGUUUCCAAACCGUUUCCCGAGGACGACUCCAACUCCACCAACCAUGACCUGGAACAAGUGGAGUACAUAUUCCUCAUCAUCUUCACAGUGGAGACCUUCUUGAAGAUCCUGGCCUACGGACUGGUGAUGCACCCCAGCUCCUACAUUCGGAACGGCUGGAACCUGCUCGACUUUGUCAUCGUCAUUGUUGGGCUGUUCAGUGUUGUACUGGAGACGAUGACCACCAAGUCAACGGGCGAGCAGGCGACCACACAUCACAUGCCAGGAAAGCCAGGAGGUUUAGAUGUAAAAGCUCUGAGAGCUUUUAGGGUGCUGCGACCCCUCAGACUGGUUUCUGGAGUUCCCAGUCUGCAGAUCGUGCUGAACUCCAUCAUGAAGGCCAUGGUUCCUCUGCUUCAUAUCGCUUUGUUGGUUCUCUUUGUCAUCAUCAUCUACGCCAUCAUCGGCCUGGAGCUUUUCAUCGGACGGAUGCACAGGACCUGCUACUACAUCCACACGGAUAACUUUGUGGAGGAUGAACCGGUCCCGUGUGCGUUCGCCGGUCACGGCCGUCAGUGCUCUGUGAACGGCUCUGAGUGUCGUGGAAGGUGGGAUGGACCCAACGGUGGAAUCACCAACUUUGACAACUUCUUCUUUGCCAUGCUGACAGUGUUUCAGUGCAUCACAAUGGAGGGAUGGACCGACGUGCUCUACUGGAUGAACGAUGCUAUUGGAUUCGAGUUGCCGUGGGUGUACUUCGUCAGUCUGGUGAUUUUUGGGUCUUUCUUCGUUCUCAACCUGGUUCUGGGAGUCCUCAGUGGAGAGUUCAGCAAGGAAAGAGAGAAGGCAAAAGCUCGUGGAGAUUUCCAGAAGUUGCGCGAGAAGCAACAGAUGGAAGAGGAUCUGUGUGGAUACAUGGACUGGAUCACACAGGCGGAGGACAUGGACGAACUGGAUGAAGACGGAAACACACGACCGUCUCUCGGGGACCUGUCUGAUAAAAAGAGGGGCAAGUUUGGGUGGUUCAGUCACUCCAAUGAGACUCAUGCGAGUCUUCCUGCCAGUGAGACGGCUUCUGAGAACACGGAGAACAUCGAUGAGGAACACACCAACUGCUGCCAGGCCUGCUGCGCUCGGAUGAUGAAGAUCAGCUGCUGUCGAACGCUGCGGCGCUGGAAUCGAGUCUGUCGUAGAAACUGUCGCACGGCCGUCAAGUCGGUGACUUUCUAUUGGCUGGUCCUUCUACUCGUCUUCCUCAACACAUCUCUGAGUGCCUCUGAGCACUACAACCAACCUGAGUGGUUGACACAGGUCCAGGACAUCGCCAACAAGGUGCUGCUGUCUCUCUUCACGGUGGAGAUGCUGCUGAAGAUGUACAGUUUGGGUCUGGCUCAUUAUUUUGUGGCGUUUUUUAACCGUUUCGACUGCUUCGUGGUGUGCGGCGGCAUCAUAGAGACCAUCUUGGUGGAGCUGGACAUCAUGCCUCCUCUGGGGAUUGCUGUCCUGCGCUGUGUCCGCCUGCUGCGCAUCUUUAAGGUCACUCGCCAUUGGACAGCUCUGUCCAACCUGGUGGCGUCCCUGCUCAAUUCCAUGAAAUCCAUUGCCUCCUUGCUGCUCCUUCUCUUCCUCUUCCUCAUCAUCUUUGCGCUGCUCGGCAUGCAGCUGUUUGGAGGGAAGUUCAACUUUGAUGAGACGCAGACCAAACGAAGCACAUUUGAUGCCUUUCCCCAGGCAUUGCUCACAUGCUUCCAGAUCCUGACAGGUGAGGACUGGAAUGUGGUCAUGUAUGAUGGCAUCAUGGCAUACGGUGGCCCAGUCUUCCCAGGGAUGAUCGUCUGUGUUUACUUCGUUAUCCUCUUCAUUUGUGGUAACUACAUCCUGCUAAAUGUCUUCUUGGCCAUCGCUGUGGACAAUCUGGCUGGAGGAGAUGGAGAAGACAAGAAGAAAGAUAAGAAUAAGGAACAUGCCGAGGAGGAGCCUGAAGGAGAAGUGAAGGUGGACAUUGAUGAAGACACUGAGUAUGAAGAGGAUGAAGAGCUUCCUGAGGGAGAUGAAGAGGGUGGAGUUCAGCUGAAGAUGGCAGACCUGGCUCCUCCUAAGGAGAAGGUAGUUCCAAUCCCAGAUGGCAGCGCAUUCUUCUGCCUCAGUAAAACAAACCCAAUCCGUGUGGCAUGUCACACUCUGAUCCAUCAUCACAUCUUCACCAACCUUAUCCUCCUCUUCAUCAUCCUUAGCAGCUGCUCAUUGGCUGCCGAGGAUCCAAUCAGAGCGCACUCAUUCCGGAACAACAUCCUGGGCUAUGCAGACUACGCCUUUACCAGCAUCUUCACCGUGGAGAUUCUGCUGAAGAUGACGGUCCACGGAGCGUUCCUCCACCAGGGCUCCUUCUGCAGGAACUGGUUUAACCUCUUAGACCUGCUGGUGGUCAGCGUGUCGCUGGUCUCCUUCUUCCUACACUCCAGCGCCAUCUCAGUGGUGAAGAUCCUCCGAGUCCUACGGGUGCUGCGACCUCUGAGAGCCAUCAACCGGGCCAAAGGCCUGAAGCAUGUGGUCCAGUGUGUGUUCGUGGCCAUCAGAACCAUCGGGAACAUCAUGAUCGUCACCACGUUGCUGCAGUUCAUGUUUGCCUGCAUCGGAGUCCAGCUCUUCAAGGGUAAAUUUUAUCGCUGCACAGACGAGGCCAAGAGCACUCCUGAACAGUGCAAAGGGACCUUCGUGGUGUACAAAGAUGGAGAUGUGAGCCACCCCAUGGUCAGACAGCGGAUCUGGCUGAACAGCGACUUUAACUUCGAUAACGUGCUGAUGGGCAUGAUGGCCCUUUUCACCGUCUCCACCUUCGAGGGCUGGCCCGCGUUGCUGUACAAGGCCAUCGAUGCCAACGGAGAGAACUCCGGUCCCAUCUACAACUACAGAGUGGAGAUCUCUAUUUUCUUCAUCGUCUACAUCAUCAUCAUCGCCUUUUUUAUGAUGAACAUCUUCGUGGGUUUUGUCAUCAUCACCUUUAGAGAGCAGGGAGAACAGGAGUACAAGAACUGCGAGCUGGACAAGAACCAGCGUCAGUGUGUGGAGUACGCCCUGAAGGCUCAGCCCCUCAAACUUUACAUCCCCAAAAACCCGGUUCAGUAUAAGUUCUGGUCCAUCAUCAACUCGACGGGAUUCGAGUACGUGAUGUUUGUCCUGAUUCUUCUCAACACCGUGACUCUGGCGGUUCAGCACUAUGAGCAGUCCAAGACCUUCAGCGACGUCAUGGACAUCCUCAACAUGGUCUUCACUGGGCUCUUCACAGCGGAGAUGCUCCUGAAACUUCUUGCUCUCAGACUGCGGCACUACUUCGUGGAUGCCUGGAACUCGUUUGAUGCUCUGAUUGUAGUCGGCAGCGUGGUGGACAUCGUAGUCACCGAGUUCAGCAGUGGAGAGGACAGCUCCCGCGUGUCCAUCACCUUUUUCCGUCUCUUCCGAGUGAUGAGAUUGGUCAAGCUGCUGAAUAAGGGGGAGGGGAUUCGUACGCUGCUGUGGACGUUCAUCAAAUCGCUACAGGCCCUGCCGUAUGUUGCUCUGCUCAUCGCCAUGAUCUUCUUCAUCUACGCGGUCAUCGGCAUGCAGACAUUUGGGAAAAUAGCGAUGCAGGACAACACUCAGAUCAACAGGAACAACAACUUCCAGACAUUUCCUCAGGCUGUCCUCCUCCUCUUCAGGUGUGCCACCGGUGAGGCGUGGCAGGAGAUCAUGUUGGCCAGUCUUCCAGGUAAACGAUGCGAUCCGGAGUCGGACUACGAGCCAGGAGAGGAGUUCAGCUGCGGCAGCAACUUCGCCAUCGUGUACUUCAUCAGCUUCUUCAUGCUCUGUGCUUUCCUGAUCAUCAACCUGUUUGUCGCCGUCAUCAUGGACAACUUCGACUACCUGACACGUGAUUGGUCGAUUCUGGGGCCCCAUCACCUGGAUGAGUUCAAGAGGAUCUGGUCUGAGUACGAUCCCGAGGCCAAAGGUCGAAUUAAACAUCUGGAUGUGGUGGCGCUGCUCCGGAGGAUUCAGCCUCCUCUGGGCUUCGGGAAGCUCUGUCCUCACAGAGUCGCGUGUAAGCGGCUGGUGGCCAUGAACAUGCCUCUGAACGCGGACGGGAUGGUUACCUUCAACGCCACACUCUUUGCUCUGGUUCGCACCGCGCUCAAGAUCAAGACAGAAGGUAACCCUGAACAAGAGAACGAAGAGCUGAGAGUCAUCAUCAAGAAAAUCUGGAAGAGAAUGAAACCGAAGCUGCUGGACGAAGUCAUCCCCCCCCAUGAAGAGGAGGAAGUCACUGUUGGGAAGUUUUAUGCAACUUUCCUGAUCCAGGAUUAUUUCAGGAAGUUCAGAAAGAGGAAGGAAAAGGGGGCUUUAGCCGUAGAGUCCGAGUCCCCCAACCCGUCUGCUGUCCAGCUCUGUAAAGCUGGUCUGAAGACUCUGCAGGAUCUGGGCCCAGAGAUGCGUCUGGCUCUGAACAAAGACCUGGAGGAGGAGGAGGAGGAGGAGGAGGAGGAGGAAGAGGAGGAGGCCAUGCUGGAGGACGAAAUGGCGGAGAACUUAUCUUAUAAGGCUGAAAACGGAUUUGGAGCGGAGACCCGGCGCGGCUCCAUGCUGACACCUUCUGGUGAUAGCGGCGCCUCUAAUGGUGGUCUGAUCCAUCGAGUGGGCUCACUCACCAAGACGGUGAAUAGGAACGAACACGAGGAGCAUCUUCAUCGUGGAGACAGUCUGAGGUCAUCAGUGAAUCGCCAUCGGCGCUCCUCUGUGAAGAACGGCCUGCUGGACCAUGUCCACAAGAGACCGUCACACUACAAACAUGGAAGGAGGGACUCCAGAGACCAGUCCUGGAGGAACGGAGAUCUGGAGCCGUACGGGGAGCAGGGUUACACCAGCAGAGAGGAGGACAACGAGAGCAUCACCUCCAGAGACAGACAUUAUCCUGAUGAGAUCAGGGACCAUUACGAUGACCCCUCCCCCUACACCAACAGCAGCUAUGGUAGCAGCUUCAGCAGUAGCAGAAGAACCACCCGCAGACGCCUGCUUCCUGCCACGCCCACAGGUCGGAAACCGUCCUUCAACAUUCAGUGUCUAAGGCGGCAGGGCAGCAGUGAUGACCUGCCCAUUCCCGGGACGUACCACCCAACAUCACCCCCACGCCGUGCUCAAGCGUACAGUUCCCACCACUCAUCCGGAGGCUCCUCAGCAGCCUCCUCGACUUCCUGGGCAAAGCCGUGUCCUCGCCGUGGCCGCCUCCUCUAUGCUCCUCUCAUCCUGGUUGAGGAGGAGGGCAGCCCUCCGUGGGGGCGGGAUGGAGGCCCAGGGGGUGAGGGGAAGAGAGGAGGAGCAGGACGAGGUGCAGCAGACAGACCGGCGUGGUACAGUGGCCCUGCAGGGACAUCAGCUCCGCCCCCGUACCGAGCGUACACCACCCUCAGAGUUCCGUCUCAGCUUGGUGCUCCUUUCACGGAGAAACGAGGAUCAGCAGACAGCCUAGUGGAGGCGGUUCUGAUCUCAGAAGGACUCGGUCUUUACGCCCGAGACCCAAAGUUCGUGGCAUUCGCGAAGCGGGAGAUUGCAGAUGCGUGUCACAUGACAGUGGAUGAGAUGGAGUCUGCAGCGAGCGACCUGCUGAGCUCCGGGAGCCACGACUUCCUCGGCACCAUUGCAGACGACCCAGCGGCGCUGUACAGCGACGACGAGCCAAUCAGGACGAACCGCGAGGAGGAGGAGCUGGCUGACGAGAUGGCCUGUGUGACGUCAUUCUGACCAGUCAGAGAUGCAGAAGAUGGAGGCGAGGCUUCUACCUUCCACUGGAAUCACAUCCUGAAACGUAACCAAUCACAGAAGGGAGGCGGAGUUUAAUCUUGCUUUACUGAUUCCAGCCUUUCUCCACAAACUCCUGCAGUUUUAUAAAAUAAAACAAACUUUUUCUAAUAUAAUUUUUUAGUAGAAUUUCAGAAAAUUUCACAAAAUUUAAAAUUGUUGUGAUAAUUUUGUAUAAUUCAGAUUUAAAUUGACGUAUAAUUUUUUUUUAGCUUUUCUUAGAAAUGAAAUUAGGGAAAAUGAUAUUUACAGUUUUUUUAAAGCUCUGAAGGUCGGACGCACCUGGAGGGUUUUGUUGCUGCUGACCUGAGAUCUGCUGAAGAACUUUUUUAUUUUCAUGUUUACCUUUUAAAUUUAUUUGUUUGACUUUGUUUUUGUUUUACUUGAUUUUUUUUAUUUUAUUUUUUACAAAUAUUCGUGUUUUAAUUAAUUGUAAAUAUUUUCGAGGAGGGACGUUUUAAACACAUUUGUCAUUUUUGUUCACUCUUCUGAUGUUCCGAUGGGAGCGACCCGGUUCUGUUGGGCCCGUGUGUUUGUUUGAACCGGUUCAAAGGGCUCGUUUCCUGACCAGAAAUACUUGUUUGUUUCCAAUAAAGUCUUGAAGCAGCG